AUGCAAUCUUGGUCCAACCGCCGUUUAAAUCACGCAGUGGCUGACGGGAGGCCGCUGAAUCUUCUUUGUCAAACGUUGUUGUCGAGAUUUUUGGCGUGCGUUCGAUUCUCGAGUCCAUGCAACGAACGACCCGACCGCAAACAGUGGGGGCCCAGCGCUGUGAGCGUCAGGACGACGAAAGAUGCCCCCAACAGCUUUCCUUGGCAGUUAUCCGUGUCGGUGAGAAGAGGUUUAGCGGCAGAAGCUUGGACGACGUUGUUGGAAAAGUCUGAAUCCCACAAGAGGUCUGAAGGGAGCGCCCGAAUGGUGUUAUCGGACGAUAGAGUGAAGUCUCACUCCCCUGCAUCCCCAUGGUUUCAGGACGACGAAAUUGUAGGACAGCCCGUCGUAGUAGGCAUCUGUAGCCUCGACUUGAUCUUUUCCAAACUUGUGUGCGCAGAAGUGUUGCUUCUGCUGCCAGCAAGGAGCCUUGACGGCUGUCGGGAUCCGCUGCACCAGUGUCAACGGUCGGUGACCACGCCGUGUUCCAUGUAUCCGCACGAAUACCAACCAGAGCCAGACAUGUCCGUCUGUGGUUGGGUUGCUUGGUUGGUGUCACCCCACGUCGUGCCGUUUGCAGGAUGGGAGUUGUGUGUACUGCGUAACAUUCGAGACCGAUGUGUUCAACGGGGUAACGACUUGAAUACAAGGUGCCAGUGGUUCAUCCGACGCUACAUGACCCAAAUCCUCGCGCUGUCGAUUGUUUAUUGUCCUGGGGCCGAAACGCGUGCCGAGCGUCAGCUAUUCUCGUGUUGGCAGUCAGGAUACGGAAUAGUUGCGUAG